AUGGCUUCAUCUAGUGAUAGUGAUGAUAGUAGUUCGAGUGGUAUUGACGGUGAUUCAGUUUUUUAUGAUGCCAAUAGUACUUUACCAAUUGUUGAAAUAGAAAAUCAUCCUCUUCAAAGAGAACCUCGAUGGAGAGUAUCAUCAAUAGAUGAAUCAUUAAAAAACCCUGAACAUUUUUAUAAGAUUUCAUUAACUGAUAAACAAUUGCAAGAUAUUGAAAGACGUGAUAAACUUCAACGAUUGCGUUCUCAAGAUAGUCAAAACAAUCAAAAUGUUAGAGUCAAAAAUUUAUCUGAAUCGCCUUCAAUAUUAUCAUCAUCAUCAUUAGGAGUAGAAAAACAAGUAUUAAAUGUUCAAGAUUUAUCAUCAGAACGAGUUAUUCUUAAAGAUCAUAUUGAUAAUGAACAAAUCAAAUGUCAAAAGAAGAAUUCUGUAUCUUCAAUAUCACAAGAAAUUUUAAUUAAUUCUCCAAUUAAACCAAAUGAAUAUUAUGAACAUCGUUCAUUACCUCCAGCAUCAGCACGUGGUACAGGUGGACAUUAUUCAAAUAUACAAAAAUUAUCUGCUAGUAGUGAACCAGAUAUGAUGGAUUUACAUAUGAUUGAUCGUAUAACAAAAUUUGGUGAAUUAUCUAAUAGUCAAAAAUUAGAUGAUGAUGAAAUUCUUCAACAACCAAUUGUACUUGAUCUUGAUAGUGGAAAAUAUAUUCCAUUAAGUGAUGCUAAUCCAAUGAUACGAACAAUAAUGCAACGUACUCAUAGAAGUGGUAGUAUUAUAACAGUACGUCAUAAUUCAGUAUUGAAUCAUCGUAAUAGUAUAAGAAAAUCUUCAUCGGAUAAUAAUAAUACAUUGAGUAAAUCAGAAUUAAAUCUUUCACAUAAAAAACAUAAAAAGCAUAAAAAACAUAAAAAAAAUGAAAAUAAUAAUGAUGAUAAUGAAUCAACAUCAUCAGAAACUUCAAGUACAAAAUCAAGUCGUAUAACAAUUGGAUCAUCAUCAUCAGCUAUUGAUAAAUCUUUAACAUCAAAUACACAUUCAUCAUUAUCAAUAAGAAAACAAUUAAAAAAUUUAGUUGUAAAAAAUAUUUUACGUAAAAAGAAACCUAAAACAACAGAUGAUAAUAAUAAUACUAAUAAUAAUCCUGGUGAUAUUGAUGAUGAAGAAGAUGACACUGAAAAAUCAUUAAUUAAUGAUGGUUCAAAUGGUGAUUUAACAUAUAAAGCAUCAAGAUAUUUAAAAGAACCAACACAAUUUGAUAAAACACAAUUAUUACAAACAAUUGUUGAUGCUCAUAAUGGACCUAUUUGGUGUAUGAAAUUUUCACCUGAUGGUUAUCUUCUUGCAACAGGUGGUCAAGAUAGUUUACUUAAAAUUUGGAUAUUAAAAUCAGCUCGACAACAUUUUGAUGAUUUUUCUCAUUUAACAUCAAAUCCAUCAACACAACAAAAUGAAUUAUUACGAAAUAGAUUUUAUGAAUUUCAUCAUAAUAUAUCAUCAGAAAUUAUAACACCAACAAAUAAUGCUAAACUUGGUCUUAAUGAAAAUCAAGUUCCACUUUAUACUAAACCAUUUGCUGAACUUAUUGGUCAUCAAGCACCUGUACUUGAUGUUGCUUGGUCAAAAUCUUUAUUUCUUCUUUCAUCAUCUAUGGAUAAAACUGUUCGAUUAUGGCAUUUAACUCGUUUAGAAUGUUUAUGUUAUUUUCUUCAUGUUGAUUUUGUUUCGGCAAUUGCUUUUCAUCCACGAGAUGAUCGAUAUUUCGUAUCGGCAAGUUUAGAUGGACAUGUACGUGUAUGGAAUAUUCCUGAUAAACGUGUAGUUCAUUGGACAUUAAUACCAGCUCAAGUAUCAGCUCAAAUAACUGCAGCCGAAGCGAAUUUAAUAACAGCUGUGAAUUUUUGUGAUGAUGGUCGUAGAGUAACUGUUGGAACAUUUGAUGGUCGAUUUUUAUUUUAUACAGAUUCAUUACAAUAUGAUACUGUAAUAAAUAUUAGUGAUAAAGAUGCAAGUCGAAGUAAUCGAUCAAGAAAACGUCGAAAACCAUCUAAAAUUACAGGCAUUGAAUCAAUGAAUUCAAAUAAUUCAAAAGUAUUAAUUACAUCAAAUGAUUCUCGAAUACGUUUAUAUAAUAUUCGAACAAAAGAAAUUGAACGUAAAUAUCGUGGUUAUUCAAAUCAAUCAAGUCAAAUUCGAGCAUCAUUUAGUUAUGAUGAUCGAUAUAUCAUUAGUGGUAGUGAAGAUUGUUGGUUUUAUAUAUGGAGAACUGAACCAAGUAGUAAUGGUAAUGAUUCAUUAAUAAAUGCUAAAUUAACACGAAAACAACGACGUUAUUUCGAUCGUGCAUAUGAACGUAUUCGAGUUCAUAAUACAAUGGUAACAUCUGCAAUCUUUGCACCGAAUCCAGUUGUCAUAAUGAAUUAUUUAUAUUCAUCAAAUGAUAGUUCGUCAUUAGUAAAUCAUUCUCCUAUUUCAAUAACAUCAAAUAUAGGCUUUAAUCGAACACGAAUAACUAAUAUAAAUACUGCAUCGAAUUCAUUAGAAGGAUUAUCGACAAUGAAUAAUAAUACAGGACCAAUUUAUGUGAUGGUUACAGCAGACUCUAAAGGUCAAUUGAAACUGCUCGUUAAUCGAUAUCAUCGUUAA